GUUUCUUUUUGUGUGUGCAGUAAAAUGGCAGCAGCCAGUGUCUCAGUGAAGCAGGAGCCAUUCAGCUGUGCUAUCUGUCAGGAUCAACUGAAGGACCCAGUGACUAUUCCCUGUGGACACAGUUACUGUGUGGACUGUAUUAACAACCGCUGGGAUAAGGAUGAUAAAACUGGUGUCUACAGCUGUCCCCAGUGCAGACAGACAUUUAACCGAAGACCUGUUUUAAAAAGUACCGAGCCAGACAAAAUGGCAGAGGAACUCAAGACACGACUCCAUCCUCCACCUCCUGCUCACUGUUAUGCUGGACCUGGAGACGUGGCGUGUGAUGUCUGCACUGGGAGAAAACGCAAAGCCGUCAAAUCCUGUCUGCAGUGCUUGCGUUCUUACUGUGACACGGAUCUAAUUCGUCAUCAUAGAUUGAAUUACAGGAAGUCUCAUAAGCUGAUCAAUGCCACAGAAAACCUACAGAAGAAGGUCUGCUCUCGUCACAAAAAACUGUUCAGGAGAUAUUGUCUUUAUGAUCAGCAGUGUAUCUGUUCUCUAUGUCAGGUAUAUAAACACAGAGAGCAUGAUACAGUCUCAGCUGCAGUAGGAAGGACUCAGAAACAGAAAGAGCUGAGGGAGGCACAGAGGAAAUUCCAGCAGAGAAUCCAGGAGAGAGAGAAGGAGCUGCAGGAUCUGAGACAGACUGUGGAGUCACUCACGCACUCUGCACAGGCAGCAGUGGAGGACAGCGAGAGGAUCUUUACUGAGCUGAUCAGCUCGAUUAAGAAAAGUUGCUCUGAGAUGAAAAAGCUGAUCAGGGAUCAGGAGAAGGCUGCAGUGCAACAAGCUAAAGGAGUCAUUAAGCGAGUAGAGAGGGAGGUUGCUAAACUGAGGAAGAGAGAAGCUGAGCAGGAGAAGCUUUCACAUGCAAAAGAUGACAUUUACUUCCUUAAGAGCUGUCAAUCUCUCUGCGUCCCUCCUGGAUGUGGUGACAGCAUCGAUGUCAAACUACAUAUGCCUUUUGGAUUUGUAAGGACAUCAGUCUCUGAACUAAAACAGCAAGUGCGUGAUUUCUGCAAGACAGAAUUCCAGUGCCCUCGUGAAGUUCAGUUCCAGUGCAACAUAACAGGCUUGGUGUUUGUGAUGGAGAUGGUGGGGGAGGUGCAGUACAGCACGGCCCUCUGGGAUACCAGCCUCCUGACACCCACUGGCCAGCAGCCUGCGGGGCCUCUGUUCAACAUCACCUGCCCCCAGGGGUCAAUGCAUGAGCUGCACCUCCCUCACUGUGAGGUGCUGUCCGGGAAGAGGUGUGACUUUUUGUCAGUGGCCCAUGUGGUUGGAGACAGUACAGAGGUGCUGCAGCCCCUCGAGGUGACAGAUACUCAUGUGAGGGUCAAAGCCGAGAACCUCUCUUUCUUUGGCCUCCUCACGAGACUGUUCACCUCUACUGUCCAAGGGCAGGUGCUGCUGUUCCUCCGGCAACCAGGUGGCGACAUUCUGAACGUGCUGCUGCUGCCCAGGAAUAUUCCAUUCAGUGAGGUGCAGCAGCAGCAACAGGGAAACCUGCCUGUCCAGACCACCCCCAACUGCACUCUGAAACGUGGAGAAACAUACUGCUUGUCCUGCCAACAGUUCGAGACACAGCCAAAGAAUGCCCCAUUUGACUGUGAGUACGGCCCAAACUACCACCCAACCUUUGAGGUGUUCCUGGAAAGGCUGGUUGAGGAGGUGAACCUGCGGCUGUUUGUUUGGAACUCUGAGAUUGAGGUGUGGAUGCGUCGGGUCAGACUACCAGGAGCAACUUGUGUCAUAGCAAGUGUGGGAGGUUUUGAGAAGAGCUAG